UAUCGGUUGAAGUCCGGUUUUGUUUUGAUUUGAUUGAAUAGCAUUGUUUUCAUUGCGCAUUUUCUGAAAUUUAGGGCAUUUAGGAGAAAACUUGUGAUUUUUUUGCUGUUAUUAGUGUUUUCCCAUGAAUAUCAACGAUGGUGACUUUAAAGACCUCCGCUGCAAACUGGACAUCAUGGGUUUCACACAGACGCUGCCCGUUUUGGCCAUUCCACUGGUUCAGGCUGUUUUCGGGGACCUAAUCAAGACCACAGAAUGUUUGAGGGAUACCAAGAAAAAGGUGGCCGAGCUGCUGGAGGAAAAGACCUGUUGGGAGCUGGGCGUCGAACCCUACAAGUGUGACAACUCUCGCCUGCUGGCCGAGUGCAAUGAACUGCAUCUCCAGUUUUUGAGGGACAGGGAGGACUACGAGCUGCGCCUGUGUGAGUCCGAGCGAAAGAUCCGAAAUCUGGAGUUGGACAAGCAGCAUUUGCAGAGUCACAACGAUGGACUUCAAAGGCAACUGGACGCUUUGCUUACCAAGCAAAUGGUUUCAUCAGUCACGAACAAAAAGGCGACAGCUGGCAUUGGACGUCAGACCAAAAAACCCUUUAUAACCACAGUGCGUUCGGGCAUUGCGAUGCCAACUACACUGGGCACUAGCAGCAGUGCUCUUAAAUGCACAAAAUGCAAUGCUGGGGUAUUCCAGAAGACCACCACAACGACCAAAGACGGUGUGACAGUGACGCAAACCAGUGGACAGGAGGAGUUAGACAAGAUGCAGAAUGAUCUUACGGCAGCCGGAGAACAACUGGAGUUCUUCAAGCGCAAAGUGGAGGCCAGAAAUCGGGAGAUUCGCCGCUUAAACGACAUGCUAGCAGGAGGGCGUCCUUUAGCGGCUUUGGCCAAGGAUUGCUGUUACAAGGACGUGGGCGCCCUCUCCCAGGACAUCGAUCUGUUGCAACGCGAGAAGAGCGAUUUAAUGAUGCAAGUUCGAGAAUUCCAGGACAAGAUGCACGAUGCUAUGCAGCGGGCUCUAAGCUCCGAAGAGGAUAAAAUAAAGCUCCAAACGCAGCUGGAGGAGCUCAAGGAAGCUGCGUUGCAAGUGGAACAGCAGGCCAAUGCGGAAAUCGAUGCCAAGGAAUCGGAACUUAGGCAACUGCAGUUGGAGCUUAAGAAGAAGGGAAAGGAUCACCGACUGACCGGUGGCUUUGCUUCCAAUCAAAGUGACAAGCAUAAUCUUAAUGAACGCUUAAAUCUUUUGACUCGUCGUGAAGAGGAACUACAGGCCACAAAUGAAAAGCAUAAGAAGAAAAUUCAGAAAAUGCAAGCAAAGAUAUUAGAACUGCAGAAGGAGCUCAAAGAUCAGAAUAAACAUUCCAACGUCACCCUGGAUGAAGAGAAAAUACGCCUGUCAUCAGAGCGGGACUUCUUCCAGAAGGAGUAUCUGCGUCUGAUGAGCAAGACCGGAUCCGAGUCGGAGAUCGCCUUCUUGCAUGCCCAAAUUAAAUCUAAGGACGAGGAGUUAAAGGCCCUGCGAUCUGAACUGUUUCAUGGAGGAAAGCAGCAAUUUUCCCCACAAAAAAGUGUGCAGUAUGAGACACUGCCGCCCCCCACAGCUUCAUCCAUUACCUCCACCGUUACUAGCAAUACGAGUGACUGCGUCCAGGCGGCCAUUGCAAGGGUGGAGCGGGAACGGGAUUGCGCCAGGACCGAGCUAGAAAGGGUUCGUUGCGAGCGGGAUACGCUGAGGGAGAAGCAACUGAGCACUGUUCAACUUCAUGCCGAUGAGCUACAGGCUCUGCGCCUGCGAAACGAAGAGCUUAACGAUCGCCUGCGGCAAAUGGAACGCGAUAAUCGGGAACUUAACUCGGCUCGUCUGCCAACUGAAACGAAUCUGGUGCUGCUUAAGGAGGACUUGUUGCAAAUGAGGCAGCGUGUGGCAUCUAUGCAAACCGAAAUUGACCAACUAAAGACCGAAAAUGAUCAAAUAACCAUGCUCAACGAUCAAAACGAGCGCAUCAUAGCGGAUUAUCAGAGUAAACUUUUGGUGGCCGAGCGUCAACGACAGUCGGCGGAUGUUCGGGCCAGCACCUUGGACUCCAGUCGGGAAUCCAAUCGCAGCGAGGUUACCCAACUCCGCAUGGACUUAGGAGCUCUGCGGCAGACCUAUAUAUCGUUAGAACACGAGAAGGAUACGCUUCUGCAUCAAUUGGAUACCAAAACUGAGCGGGUAUACAAACUGGAGUAUGAGCUAAAGGAUUGCAAAGAAAAACGGAAUGCCCUAGAGCAGAAUGUGAAGGACCUGGAGGAUCAAUUGCGAAAACUGGCGAACAGGAACCGGCAGCGCGACUCAGAACUGACGGAGACCUCGACGGAAAGUAAAACACUGCGCCAGCAGAUUGUGGCACUCAAAGCCAGUCGCGAUGAGGCAAUAGCAGAGAAUCGCCGGCUGAUGGACAAAUUGAGCGAUGCCCAAGUGGAGGCCAGGACGUUGCAGAAGAAGCUGACGGAUUCCGAGCUUCAGGUGGCCAACAUGAAGCAGCAGCUGCACAAGUACGUCCAGGAGGUCAAGAAGGCCGAGGAUUUGCUCAUCCAGAAGGAAAAGGAGCGCGAUGAUAUGCUGGAUCAGUACCACUGUCUAACCCAGGGCCAAGCUACACUGGAGGGUAAUAACCAAAGUCUGGAGUGCGAGGCGGUUGAGUUCAGGCGACAGAUCUGUGAGCUGGAGUGCGAGGUGCACAGCCUGAAGGAACAACUGCAGCUUCGCCAGUGCGCACUUCAUGAUAUGGAGGUGCAGCUGACCGCCGCUCGGGCUUCAGUGCGUUGUUUGGAAAGGGAGCUGGAGAAUGCCCGAGAUGACAUCCGUGUCCAGAAGGUGGAUCUUGAGGCGCGCAAGGAGCUGUGUGAUAAGUUGGAUGUGGAAAGAAGCAAACUCAAUGCGGAGCUGAAUGAUGUGAAUGAAAUUCGCAAAAAGGUGAGCUUCAGCUCCGGUCCAGAUCACUUUCCGUAUCUGUAUCCUAGUUAGAAUACUCUGCUGUAGUCUACUUCGCUUUCUAACCAUACUCUAACUAUAUAGACGUAACAAACUAAAUUGCGCUUCUUGAAAAACAAUGCGAAAAACUGCGCGAUGAGCUUCAGCAGAGCUUGGCCAUUAAUCAGGUCACCAACGAAACCACUGAUCUCAUGCUCGGGCGCUUGCACAAUGAUCAGCAGCAUCAGGAGGACGAUGAUAUUAGGUCCAAACAUGAAAUGGACCGAUUGCAACGUCAGCUCCAGCAAACAUUGGAUCAGUUGCAGGAGGAGCGUGUCCGCUGCAGGCACCACGAGGAGUUGGCUGAAAAGUGGGAGCAACAGGUACGCGAUCUGCGUCGAAAUCUCGCCGAUGAUCGCUACAAUCAGGCUAGGACACGUGAGGUUAGCCCCCGGGUGCCAUCGAAGACUCUUUAAUUGAUAGUAUACUUAUGCAUACGCUUCUUGUUUAUUAUGUUAACUCAAAUUUAUUGUUUGGCUGGGUUAUCGAAAUUGUAAAAAUAUAAGAUUGUCAAAAAUAAAUAAAGAUUUAAUGCAACG